GUAAGUACAAUGAUGUAGUACAAUAGCGUGAGUACAAUAGUGUAUAUUACGCUGAUUGUAUAAAUAGCGUGAUUGUUUUAGUGUUCGUCCUUCGGGUCGAAACGUAAGCGACGACUCACUUCACUAAAGCCAACGUUGCUCUCUCUCGAUCUCUCUUUCUCUAUAACUUGAUCAUGGCUUUCGAUCCUUCCGCUAUAUCUUCURUAAUAGAUGAAGCUCUGUCGGCUUCGGCCGGCAGGUUUUCCAAAUUAAUCRAUGAGAAGCUUGGUGCUUUUGCCGAGUCCUUUUCACUGCAAAAUGGAACUCGUGUUAAAGAAGCUGUCAGACAAGCCAAGAAAGAAUCAUUCGUUUGCAAGAAAAAAGGCAACCAACAGCAAUUGGAUCACUGUCUGCAAGUCCUGGAGAAGCUAGAGGAUGCCACCGAAUGUUUAGACACUAACRCUAUUGGAAAUGCAAAGAGAAAGCUUGAGGAAGGAACGCAGUUAAUUCAGAAGCGUGUUAAAGCCAUAAAAAUAGCCGACAAGAGUGAGUUUGGUUGGGCUACAGUCAAUGAAUACUUAUCAGACGAUUUGGCUUCUGACACUGACGACGAGAAACGUUUAUACCGUUCGGAAAGAAGAGCUGAGAAAAAGUACAAGGAUAAGCAGCGUCAACGCAAGCAGAACUACGCGAAAUCUCGAUCUGAGACUCAAAGUUCAUCGAAGUCUAGCGACGGAGGCGGUGCCCGUAUGAAGAUUGGUCCCUGUUUUAAGAUAAGUUUUUCACUUUUUGCUCACUUGCUUUGUUCAGUACUUCGAGCGUAUAUAUAUAUUACUGUCGCUUACUCGACUAAUAUACCAACAUUCUCAAUGCAUAUUGUGUGUUGUGUGUUAAAUCUCGAAGAUUAGG